AUGGGAAGCUGGCACAGGAGCUGCUACGUCCUGCUUGCGGCCGUUGCGCUGGCCUCGUCUGUCUUUGCGGCACAUCAGCAACAGCAACCCUUCCAGCCGGUUGAGACCGGAACACCCGCCCUCGGUUUCGCCUUUGCAAAACGCCAACAGGGGUGCAUCGCCAACUUUUACAGCUGCGCCAACCAAGGGCCAGCCUUUGCGAGCGUGUGCUGUCAAAACGGCCAAAGUUGCCAGUUGGAUGCAAGCAAUAACCCAGCCUGCUGCCCCGGGGGCUACGUCCUCAUGUACGAGCUUGUAAGACCUGCAAGUGCACGCCCGCUGGGGGAGGUGAAUGCGAAGGCGCCCGUCAGUAUGGCUGUCUGCACCGGCACCGCUCCGGCAAGCUUCGUAACACCAAACCCGGCACAAACCACCCCUGUAUCCUUCGUACCCAACCCCUAUUUCUCCUUUCCCUACAUUGCCACCUCUUUCGCCGGUCCUACCGACUGCUCGGCGGCAGUGAGCGAGUGCAGUGUCAACUGGGCGGUUUGUACCGCACAGCUCGAGGGACAAGCAGGCUCCGCCCCUUUCGGCGUGACCAUCGUCGUCCCCGGCGGUGGUGGGGUUACUGUUGGCGGAGGUGCCGGCGUCACUUACCCGACCCCGACCGCUACUAGCAUAUGUAACAGCUUGGUGCAAGUAGCUUGCAGCAAUCUGCAGUACAGCAUGUGCACCAUGACGGGGACCACGGCGAGUGGCUUUUAUUUUGGCACGGCCAAUGCGGCAGCUGCGAGGCCGACGGGACUCGGGUGCGCCGGACUCGUUGCUGCGGCGGGGCUCGCGGGACUGGGCAUCGCUCAGGUGCUCUGA